AUGCAACCCCAGCCCAUGGCCUAUGUCGAGCUCUCUCAGACCCUGGCAGAGUCGUUCAACGCGCUUGCCGAUGAGGUUCAGACACUGGCCGACCGCAAGACCGUUUUGGAACACAAGCUGCGCUUUGCCCACGAACAGUUUCAGUACCUCGCCGACAAAUAUGCUCCUGCUGCACCAGAGAUAGCCGACACUCUUUCCAAAAUACAACUUCCUCCUUAUACUUCUGUUGAUAACACAUCGCCCGUUCCGCUACCUCAGCGAACAACACAAUCCUCACAACACCACCUUGCUCUCGUAAUUCGCGACGGUCGCCGUGCUGCCAGUCGACUUGCCGCCUCACUUGGGGAUGCGAGUAAAACAACUGUUUCUAGCAAGGGCACAUUCUCGCACGGCUCCAACGACGACGUCUCAUCAAUGUCAACAGCGCUCGAACAAGACUUCACGGUGCAAGGCAAAAGGGGUGCUUUGCAGUGUCCCUUUCAGAAGCCUGCUGAGGAUUUGAAUGGCAGCCAGUCGGCGCCGAAUAUCGGCACCAGCCAUUAUGACCCCUCGGACCCGAUAUGCGCCGCUUUGGCUGACGGGACAGAAUCCUCACACGCUGCUACGGGCAACGGGGCCUCUGCUCCCAGUAAAUGCCCCAUUCGGUUCCUUGACAAACAUAGUCCUGAAGUGGUAGCGCGUUACGUUGAAAUGCACAAGCACGAGCUUCCUCGCAGCCAUGAGGUGUGUCUGAGACGGUACGGCCGAAAUGAGCAAGAAGUCCGCAAGCUUGAUUCCAAAUAUGGCAAUAUCGCAAGCAUGAUUGAGGACCUGGGACAAUUGCACCAGUCCAUGCUUCCCGAAGAUGGUCAGCAUCCACUGGCUGCCAGCGAAGCAGACGAGACCUCUAACCGACGAGUUGAGAGCUGGGCAAACGGUGUCAAUACUUCCUCGCACACGGAUGAGGACGACGCUAUACCCGACGAUGACCAAGACCGCCAGAGCCACUUUGACAGGCCACUCAAAGAGGUCAGGGUCGGCGAAUCCCCAAGCAGACCAUGGGGCAUUUCAGUACCCGUGUACGGGGCGGAUGACCGUGAUCGGAACCUUUUGUCACCGCCGGCCGCUCCACUGAAACUCCCAACACCGCACCAUCCUCCCGGGGCUGAGGGUGGCCCGAAGAAGUGUCCGUUUGACCACACCAAGUUCGCCUCGUUUGCCGGAGGUCGUGGCGGAGAAACCCCCAAGCCUCCGCUAAAGGACGGGCCUGGUUCGUCAAAGGACGGGCCUGCUCUGCAGGGACCGCCCCCGUUCACACCUUUUCGUGACGACGCUGCCCGUUUGUCGCCUACACAUGGCCCGCAGCAGCAGCAGCCAGUAUUUGUGGCCCCAGACGCUUUGAGAGGCAAGUCUGAUCCGCCGCAAAUGGUCUUUACAGGGCCAGUCUUUAUCGGGUAUCCCAUGGACCAGGCCCUGCAGUUUAUGAAUCAAUUUCAGCGUCGCUCUUGA